UAGAGAGAGUUGAGAGAGAGUGAAGCACAAGGAAAAUGAAAAUGAUAGUAAUCAAUCAGUAGUUGUUGAAUGUUGAUAUCCUUCUUCUAUCUUGCGGUAACUUACUUCUUCUCCUUAAUUUUCAAACAAAAGCCCAAUCCGCGCCUAGCUUCAGCUUCCACUUUCUCAGUUACCAAACCACCAGCAGCAACAACGACAACAACAACCACCACCACUUUCUUUUCUUUUACCUCUCUCUGUUAAAACCCAAGCUUCUCUGCUCUUCUGUUGCUGCAUCGUUUUCCUUCAUCCUAAUCUCAACUGAUUAGACAAUGCGAUUAAUUUUUCCCUGCUAAAUUAAUCAAACUAUCUUUGUCUGUUUCUGAGUUUCUUUCUCUCUCACUUUUAUCACACAUCAUGGAAACAUCAUCCGAGAAUUGUAGUGUUAAGGUUGCCGUUCACAUACGUCCCUUAAUUGGCGAUGAACGUGCCCAAGGUUGUAAAGAAUGUGUUACUGUCACGCCUGGAAAGCCUCAGGUACAAAUUGGCACACAUUCCUUCACGUUUGAUCAUGUCUAUGGAAAUGGUGGCUCUCCGUCCUCUGCCAUGUUUGAAGAAUGUGCGGCUCCUCUUGUUGAGGGUUUAUUCCAAGGAUAUAAUGCUACCGUGCUUGCUUAUGGUCAGACAGGAUCUGGCAAAACAUACACCAUGGGUACUGGCCUUAAAGAAGGUACUCAGACAGGAUUGAUUCCUCAAGUAAUGAAUGCAUUAUUCAAUAAAAUUGAUACAUUGAGACAUCAAACAGAGUUCCAAUUACAUGUUUCCUUCAUUGAGAUUUUCAAGGAAGAAGUGAGGGACUUGCUGGAUUCUGUAUCUGUGAAUAAGUCAGUGAUUACUAAUGGACACUCUGGGAAAGUUAAUGUUCCUGGAAGGCCUCCAAUACAAAUUCGUGAAUCAUCAAAUGGAGUCAUAACACUAGCAGGAUCAACUGAAGUUGCCAUUAAUACUUUACAAGAAAUGGCUGCUUGCCUGGAGCAAGGAUCAUUAAGCCGGGCAACGGGAAGUACAAAUAUGAACAACCAAUCCAGUCGGUCCCAUGCAAUCUUCACAAUCACAUUAGAACAGAUGCGUAAAGUCCAUUCAGUUUCUCCUGAUAAUGACACUCCAGAUGAAGAUAUGGGUGAAGAAUAUUUCUGUGCAAAGCUGCAUUUGGUUGAUCUUGCUGGAUCAGAACGAGCUAAGAGAACAGGUUCUGACGGUCUACGUUUGAAAGAAGGUAUUCAUAUUAACAGAGGACUUCUUGCACUUGGUAAUGUCAUCAGCGCAUUAGGAGAUGAGAAAAAGCGGAAAGAGGGUGUGCAUGUUCCAUACCGAGACAGUAAAUUGACUCGACUCUUACAGGAUUCGCUUGGUGGGAACAGCAAAACUGUCAUGAUAGCUUGUGUAAGUCCUGCUGACAUCAAUGCUGAGGAAAGUCUUAACACUCUGAAAUAUGCAAACCGUGCUCGUAAUAUUCAGAAUAAACCUGUUGUUAAUAGAGAUUUAAUAUCCAAUGAGAUGCAAAAGAUGCGUGAGCAGCUAAAGUUCUUACAAGCUGAACUUGGUGCUCGUGCUGGAGAAUCUCCAUCAGAUACAGUGCAGGUUCUCAAAGAUAGAAUUGCUUGGCUGGAGGCUACCAAUGAAGACCUUUGUCGAGAACUUCAUGAAUAUCGCAGCAGACGUGCAGUUGUGGGGGACAGUGAAAUUGAUGCUCAAGAAGGUCCUGGCUGUAUUGUCAAAAGCGAUGGUCUUAAGAGGGGCUUUCAGAGUAUGGACUCAUCUGACUACCAAAUGGAUGAAGUCACAUCAGAUGGAAAUUCUGGGGAAAUGGAAGAAGUAGCAAAAGAAUUGGAGCAUGCACUUCGGCGAAGUACCAUGGAUAAAGAAUUGAAUGAGUUGAACAAGCGUUUGGAGCAGAAAGAGUCUGAGAUGAAACUCUUUGGAGGGAUUGACCCUCAAGCACUCAAGCAGCACUUUGGGAAGAAAAUUGUUGAACUCGAAGAAGAGAAAAGGAUUGUGCAGCAAGAGAGAGACCGUUUGUUGACUGAAGUGGAGAACCUUGCUGCCAAUUCUGAUGGUCAUAUGAACAAAACGCAAGAUAUUCAUGCUCAGAAAUUAAAAUCACUUGAGGCACAGAUUUUAGAACUUAAGAAGAAACAAGAAAGCCAGGUUGAGCUUUUAAAGCAAAAACAAAAAAGCGAUGAAGCAGCAAAGCGGUUGCAGGCUGAAAUUCAGUAUAUCAAGGCUCAAAAGGUUCAGCUGCAACAUAAGAUAAAACAAGAAUCAGAGCAAUUCCGACAAUGGAAGGCCUCUAGAGAGAAGGAAUUGCUUCAGCUCAAGAAGGAGGGAAGGAGAAAUGAAUAUGAGCGACAUAAACUUGAAGCACUGAAUCAACGCCAGAAAAUGGUUCUUCAAAGAAAGACUGAGGAGGCGGCAAUGGCUACCAAAAGGCUAAAGGAGUUGCUGGAAGCCCGCAAGUCAUCUACACGUGACAGCUCAGUUAAUUCCAAUGGACAUACACCAAAUGGACAGAGCAAUGAAAAAUCUCUCCAAAAGUGGCUUGACCACGAGCUAGAAGUCACGGUGAAUGUGCAUGAAGUUCGUUUUAAAUAUGAGAAGCAAAGCCAAGUGCAAGCUGCAUUGGCACAGGAGUUAUCUGUAUUGAAACAAGUGGAACAGUUGUCAUUAAAUGGCCAUAGUCCCCAGAGAGGGAAAAAUGGACAGUCCAGAUUGUUAUCCUUAUCACCAAAUGCAAGAAUGGCUAGAAUGGCUUCUCUGGAGAACAUGCUGAGCAUGUCUUCAAAUGCACUCAUGGCGAUGGCUUCACAACUUUCAGAGGCAGAGGAAAGAGAGCGUUCCUUAAUUGGUCGUGGGCGUUGGAACCAUUUGCGCUCUAUGGGAGAUGCUAAGUACUUGCUUCAGUAUAUGUUUAAUGUUGCUGCACAAACAAGGUGCCAGUUGUGGGAAAAAGAUAUGGAAAUUAAAGACAUCAAAGAGCAACUAAAUGAGCUUGUAGCUUUAUUACAGCAAAGUGAAGCCCAGAGAAAAGAACUCAUUAAGGAGCAAAAGAUCAGAGAGCAAGCUGUUGCCAUUGCCUUGGCUACACCACCUUCGGGGAACUCACGCAAUUCAUCAAAACACUUUGUGGACGAAAUGAGUGGACCCUUAUCUCCAGUGUCACUUCCAGCACCAAAACAACUCAAAUUUACACCUGGCAUUGCUAAUGGGUCAGUUAAAGGGUCAGCAGCAUUCUUAGACCAAACGAGAAAGAUGGUUCCAGUUGGCCACUUGUCAAUGAAGAAACUGGCUACCGUAGGUCAAACUGGUAAACUGUGGAGGUGGAAGAGGAGCCAUCAUCAGUGGCUACUUCAGUUCAAAUGGAAGUGGCAGAAGCCUUGGAAACUCUCAGAAUGGAUCAAGCACAGUGAUGAGACAAUCAUGAGGUCAAGGCCCCGUCAACAGGCUCUAAUAGAUGUGAUAUAACAUGACAACCUCAUCUUCACCAGCUCUCUUUUUCCUGUAUAUACAUCUAGAUUGCUAUAUAAGAUCUGACCUAUGGCCGAGUGAUAACAAGAAUGACUGCAGACAUGUUGUGAAUAGGGAAGAGGAGGUUGGUGCUUCCAUUGUGUAAUGGUAUUGACUAUUGACACGUUAGAUUGCAAUUUGCGCGACUCACCUGAUGUUAUCUUCAAGUUUUAUAGUGAUAAUUGAGAGCAUCUUGUGAGGCUGGUGGGUUCACAUGAAGAUACAGAAAGUAGCAAAAGGGUGACUAAGAAUCGUUGCAUAUGUUGUAGAUGUGAUAAUGUAUUUUGUUGUAUUCUUUUUAAGGUUUUGUUAGUUAUAAUGAAAGGGAAGAAAUUCUCUUGCUAAGUCAAUAGUUUUGUGCAACAUCGAGCUUUCAAAUUAUUAUUAUUUUUUUC